AAUUACAUCUGUUAUUUUAAAUCCGCAUAGAUCCGGUUAGCGGAUGUAUUAAUAUGAACGUUAGCGUAUGCGCGCAGUGGCAUCUGCGAACGGGGUGAUCUGGUGUCUGGUUUAUUUUCGGUGUGCGCAUCCCCAUAUAACCAGUCGUAUCGGAGGGGUUGAUAGCGUUUUAUGUCGCGCGCGUGGCCAACGUCUGUCCCCGAGUUAAUUAUGGACUAAUUGUCAGGACUCGGGUCUUUAGAGUUUUUUUACUGUGCCGCCAAAAUGGGACGUCGCCUUCCUGUACUACUGAAUUUAACUUAAAACAAAAAGGAUUUCUUCCUACCCCUUUAUGACCACUAUCAAGGUCUACGCCAACUGCCUGCGACCUGACAUCGAAUAUAAGACCCUAAGCAUCACCUACGAGACGACUUGUCGCGAGGUUGUGCAAAACCUUCUGAACAAGUAUCGCAUGAGACACCGUGACCCCCGGCUGUUUUAUCUGACCAUGGAGGUGACCGUGAGGAGGGCCAAUGUGCGUACCACUCUGCCGCUCGACGACGACGCGAGGCCAGCCGUUCUGCAAUCCUGUCAUCCUCGCGGCGAUUCCAAGUUUUCGUUGCAGACACACCGUGGUGGACUCGUCAAAAUAUACGACAGCGCACUCAUGUCCGGGUCUAAAUACAAAAGCCUUCUGGUCUCGGAGCAGACCACCGUAGACGAGUUGAUCCAGAUGCUUCUAAGUUGCUACAGCUCCAAGGAACCGGUGGAGCAAUUCUCUCUCUACGAGGUCUGCGAAGGUGAAGAGUACCAAAGGAAAUUACACCCCGAUGAUUCUCCACUCAAGGUCACUCAACGGUGGACCAGCAUAGAUCGGCAUCUUCGCAUUAGACGUAAUCCAGAUUAUAUUCAGCACAGGCGGAAGAGCAUGUGGGCGUCGGAUUCAAGCAUCACCAUGGCGAUGUCGAGGCUGAAUCUUCACGAUAGUCUUCCUAUCAGUUACAAUUCGCGAAUCGAAAACAACAACCAUUUGAGCCUACAUCAUCUCGCUGGAAAAACUAGCAUCACCGCUAACAACAACAACAACAACAACAAUAUCAUUCAUCGGGAUCAGCAUCACUCGUCGUCGUUAGGUUCCAUCAGUCAGUCAUCGCGAAUUGUCGCAUCCCAUGGAACGAAUCUUCCGCAGGUGCAGCUGCCGCGACUGCAGCAAUUCCCGCAGAGCGUUCCGUCAACGCCGCUCUCGUCGAAACACGUGACUGCCUCCUCGUACGCCGAUUACGAGAAUUAUCUCUUUAUAUAAGGGCCGAAUCGUUAACGAACUUGCGCAAGCGCAAUCGAAGUUGAUAAAAUUAAGCUACGAUCGCGAAGGUUCAUCCCGCGAAACGGUCAAAGUUACCAGACUCGUUGAAGAUACGAGAAAUAUACGUUGCGACUGUUUGAUAAUUUUCGUUGUUUACAUUUAAACGUACUACAAGAACUAAGAGGCAUGAGUACACUCAUAUGUACAUUUGAUUUUUAUUAAAAAAUUUGACAUCAUAGACUGAAAUUUGUGAAACUACCGUUUCUCAUUUGUUUUAAUUAAUAGUUUGACAAAGCUUAUUAAAAAACAUUAACAAUACAUGAUAAUUUCUGGUAAUGAUGUGCGAUUAAUAAUUUUAACGAAUAAUAGAAAUGUUUAUUCUCAAAAAAAAUUCAAGAAGAAUGAAAUUUUAAUUUGCAAUGCUCGUUUGCUGCUUGCAUUUCAGCUGAUCAAAGGCUAACACUGAACAAAGAGAAUUUACGAUAUUAAUUAGUAGUGAAUGAAAUUGUACCAAAGGUAGAUGUAUAAAAUUUUAGGUACGUAGUAUAUAUAUAUAUAUGCAUCUAUAUAUAAAUAACCCUGCAUUCAUAAAAAUGUGUAGAGGUUACCAAGUCUGAAAUAAGAUUUCGGUUAUUUUAUAAACAUUUAUUUAACGUUUGAAAAAGUAAUAUCAAGUUGAUGUCUUGGUAAUCAAUUUUUAAAUAUAUUUUCAAUAACAUUAGUCAAUAGAUAAUUUCAGUAAAACCGUGAUUGCAUAGUUCGAAAAUAAGGAUUGCUUGCGUGAAGCGAUUUAAAAUGCGCAAAAAAUGAUGAAUAAGAAAUAAUAAGGAAAGAAUUAUUAUUAUUUAUUUAUAUACUGUAAAAAGUAUAUGUAAGAGGCAUUUAGUUAAGCUCGGUUAAAAAUUUUUUUACAUUAUUAACACUGUAUUCACUUAUUCAAAAUUUCGUGCAAUCCGGCCGGACAGGAUACCGGAUAUAUAUCCCUUACAUGUAAACAUUAUGGGCGACAAAUGUUUACGUAAUACUCGCCGUUAUCGCGUUAUUGAGAAUUACCACGAGAAAAUGUAAUAAUCACUUUCAAUAGUAUACGUAUACACAUAUCGUUCCUCUUGCAAUCGCUUGUGAUUACACAGAAAUGUAUGUCAUUUAGUACGUUAUACAAGUUGCAUGAUUGUAAACAUAUUUCUUUUGUAAAGGCAAACAAUCUUAUCGCAUUGAAUUAACAUCUGAAAUUGUUCGAAACGCUUUAAAAAUUAUUACGCGAUAAUUGGUGAUUCACGCGACCUCCUCGUUCCCACACGUGGAAGAAAAAUGAAUGAAAACUAAUAUAUCUUUUCACCGCAGUGUGUUUAUAUAUUUUUAUUACCAAAGAAUUUCUCGGUACGAUACGUAUGUAAAAGUAUAGAGUAACACACGCGUGUGUCGAAUACGGCAGCCGAAUGUGCAUUUAUCUACACGAAUUUGAUGUGUACGUCGUCAGUGUAGCGAUGUGUGUCGUGUUGAGAUAUGAUUUCACGUCACAUUUAUGUGUCGAAUUAAUGUACCUACGUAGAAUGUAAAUAUCUUUUUGUAUUAUCCGUGUAUAUUUUAUAAGAAAGAAUAUUGAAAAUAAUGAUUCAUGUGUCCUCAAAAUUAUCGUCUAUGUUUUUAUUUCGCCCGAGUGCACACAAUUAUAAUUAGAGUACAUGGGUUUAGGAGAUUUCAUAAAUAAGUCACUGAUCUGAAAUGCGUCAUUUCUGCACGUUAUAUUGUAAUUCCACAAAUAGAAUGGAAAGAAAAUUUCACUAAAUUAGUAAUAGCACACAUGAUAGCAAUUUAUACGUGAUAUAUUUGAGCAGAUUUGCGAAAUCUCAUGAGCUUUAGCACUCUAAUUAUAAUAUACGAUAAACGAUUGCUCUAUUUUUUACUCUGUGAUAAAAGCGUUUAUCACCUCUCUGUAUUGUUACAUUGUUUUUUUUUUUCAUUAUUUUUCGCACGUAUUCGUUGAAUACAUCGCAUCAAGAUACUUUCCGGGACGAUCUAGUUCAGGGAAGAAUACCAGGCGCCUCUGUCAUGUGAUGAUAAAAAUUUUUAUUUACAAAUGCGACAAAUGUAGGAAUUCGGGUACCAGUGACAUGCGGGAGAGAAUCGAUCGGCCGACCAUGACAUUAUAAAAUGUGCAUGCUCGUUUUUACUUUCGCUUUUCGUCUCUCUCCGAGAUAUAACUGGCGAAGGAAAGAAUCACUGAGAUGUAACAAUAAUAAUCUUUACAUUAAAUACGAUUAAAAUCUAGCUAUUUUAAGGGCUAUGCGGAAUUACAAUAAUAGAAAUAUUUGGUAUCUCAAGGUUCGUCCUGUUGCGCAGGCUCUUUCAGGGAAUAAGGAGGAGAGGGAUCGGUAAGUAGGUGGGGCGUGUCAGGGGGCUGGGAAUAUACUCCUUUCUUGUUUAAUUUCAAAGGAUAACAUCACAGCAUUGACAUAUCAACAUCGAAACGAUCAGAGCAGCUCGUCCUUCGAAAGUCACGACAAAAAAAUCGGCGAGCUUUCGCUCGCACAUGGGGGAUGUUUGCGAUUCGACAUUCCGACGGGAAAAGACGUAAUUUCUCAUCUGCAUUCACUCGAAGACUAUCGAGGAGCGAGUUGCAAUGGCCGUAGCGCUUUUUUUCAUUUGCUAUAGAACAAUUUACAAUAUCUCGUUAAUUAGACGUCUCAAUUCCGUCUCCAACAACUGCACGCGUUAUUAAAGCCGUAUUCUCUCAUUUGCUCGUUCGCUCGCUCACGCACGCAUGCAUAUCCUUUCUCUCUCUGUCUUAUCUUCUCGAUUCACUUUGCAUUCAUCUUGCGAUCAUUACAAUUAGAUGUACAAUCGAAUAAUAUUAAUGUGAUUGAUACACUCCAACACAAUAUCUCACAAAUAUUUUCUCUCUCUCUCUCUCUCUCUCUCUCUCUCUCUCUCUCUCGCUCACUCUUUCUUUCUUUCUUAAUUAUCAGUGCAACAAUAGUGAAAUAAAGUUCUUUUCUCAAGGAAAACGGAUGGAUCGCGGGUAAAUCACGUGGAGCAUUCUGAUGUUCCACGUGCUGAAACAUCUGCGUAUUUAUCAGCGGGCGACACUGAUCACGCACAUUUGUGUGACAAUAAUAUAGAUAAUAUACAGAGAAAAUCUUUGAUCCGACGAACCAGCCACGAAAGGGAAUUAUCGAGGACGCUCGCGCGUGCACGAAGUUUAUCAUUCCUUUGACACGAUUCCUACACACGCGACAGAAUUGCAUCUAAUCCUCGUACUGACGCUAAUCGGCCCGAAUUGAUGAUCGUCUCUCGCGACACCUGCGAGAAUGAAAAGAUCGAGCUUUCGAAUUCACAAUACGUACCAGUGUCUUCGAAGCUAUUACGUCGCGCUACCAAUACUUAUCUAAAAAUCUCAUUUUGUUUUAAACAACUACGAAUCAACAAUGUAGAUUUAUAAAAAAGCUAUACUCCAUCUUUAAGCACUUGGAACGUUACAAAUUAUAUACACAAUACCUAAACGUAGAGCAUUCUUCGCACAAUUAGAAGAUUUUGACUUAACAGAAUUUAUUAUCUAAAUUUCAUUCAAGAGUAAAAAGACACAUCGAUUCGGACCGAUAUAUAACGCCGUAGCAGUCUUACACCGCCUUUCCUCUUUUCGCUAUAUAGAUAUACUUUCGAAACCACAUUACACCGUCAACAAUAUUAUGCCGUUAAGCCUCGAUACAAGGACAGGCAUUUCGCAGUAUUUUAAGCAUACUGAGAGGAUUUGGCAUUGGCCGAAAGUCUCCUUCGCGUCAUCUUUGAUCGCGAUGGCAUGUUUAAGGCCUGUGCUCAAUCCUCGUUUGGACCUUCCAACCAUAUGGGGUUACAUUCAGUGAACACGUCGAUGGGACGAGCGAGGGAAAUCGUCGUCGACGACUCAGCGCGUUAGUAGCAGUCGUAAGCUACCAAGUGACCAAUAAAAAUCCACAACGUUUAUCGCGCCACUUACCAUAAGAGAGUUAUCCUACCUUAAAACAUAUUUUUUUAAUAUUUGCAAUCACGUAUGACGGAAUCUUAUUUUAUCACCGUCAGCCGUGACUGCGACUAGAAUUACUCUACAAAUACGCGCUACAGAUUUAAUAAAAUAAUUA